AGAUAAAAGUGAUAAUACCAUGUUUGAGGUAUGAGACAUGAUCAGCACCAUCUGCCCCCUCUUCCCCAUGUGAGCGCACUGGAUCCAUCCCAGUUUCCCCAGUAAAUAAUAAUGGUGGAAUUAAACCCGCCUCCGGCCAUGACCCUCCAAUCAAGACUAUCUUAUUGGGGGGGGGGGAGAGAGAGAGGGAGAGAGAGAGAGAGAGAGAGAGAGAGAGAGAGAGAGAGAGAGAGAGAGAGAGAGAGAGAGAGAGAGAGAGAUUCCUGGACGCGAAUCCCCAGGAGAUCCCUGGUACAGAAACACAGACUGUGUAAUCCCGUGGAGAGAGAGGGAGAGAUCCCAGCAGCCCGGCUCGGAUAUUAAAGCUGUAUUCUCCGUUGCACGCUGCAGGGGGUUGGUCAGUGGGCUGCAGCAUAGUGUGGAUGUCACGCAAAAAAUAGAGGCACUCACUUGGUGUGGCUUGGUGGUUAGAUUUGUGGGGUUUGGGAGCCGCUCUUUGCGCACCAGACGCGCAAAAUGAAGCGCAGGUGGAGGAGAGCGGAGCGCGCUGAGGGGAGCCUCUCCAAGAGUUACCGGGAUGAGCACACGGCGUUAGAGAAGUGAUGUGAGCUAAACUUUUGGUAGAAUGGCAUCAUAUUUCACAUGGAUCUCUGAGGGAUGGCAGCUUUUCACCAUAACCACUACCACCAUCACCAUCACCAUCCGAGCGCGGACCUGCGGCGGCUCCUCCACCGGCUCACCAUCGCGUCCUCCCUGGCCAUCCUCUGCUUCUCCCUGGUCUAUCUCCUCACUGGAUGCUGCGAGUCGGACCUGAGAGAAAACUCCGAGAUCAAGCCCCCCCAGCACGAAUUCCUUGUGUCGGGAUGGCCGUACGACAGAAACGGCACCAGCGUUUACAAAGACGGUGUUUCAGCCGCUGGCGAGGGCGCGUUGUACCCGGGGGAAACGGGCACCGGUCCUCCCGGGUUGGACACGAAUAGCUCGGGAAAAGACUGGACAGCCACUCGUAGGUUACCCCAAGCCCUGAUUAUCGGGGUUAAGAAGGGAGGCACCAGGGCUCUGCUGGAGUUUCUGCGGCUGCAUCCGGACAUCCGCGCACUGGGAUCGGAGCCGCACUUCUUCGAUCGGCAUUACGCACGGGGACUGGACUGGUACAGAAGUAUGAUGCCCAAAGCCCUGGAUGGCCAGAUCGUCAUGGAGAAGACGCCUCGGUACUUUGUCACUGUGGAAACGCCUGCGCGAGUCCAUGCUAUGUCGCAGGACGUGAAGCUGAUCGUGGUUGUCCGUGACCCCGUGACUCGGGCCAUAUCUGAUUACACCCAGAUAAUCUCCAAGACCCCAGACAUCCCUCCCUUCGAGAGCCUUGCCUUCAAGAACCGCACCACAGGUCAAAUCGACUCUCUGUGGAGCCCUCUGUGGAUUGGCCUAUAUGCCCAGCACCUGGAGCGGUGGUUGGCCUGGUUCCCCAGGACUCAGAUCCACCUGGUCAGCGGGGAGAGGCUCAUCUCUGACCCGGCCGGAGAACUGGGAAAGGUCCAGGACUUUCUGGGCCUGCAGAGGAUCGUCACGGACAAGCACUUCUACUUCAACAAGACAAAAGGCUUCCCUUGCUUGAAGAAGCCGGAGGGCAGCAGUAAGCCUCACUGUCUGGGGAAGACUAAAGGGAGGACGCACGCUUCGAUUGACCCAGAGGUGAUGCAGAGACUGAGGGACUUCUACAAGCCACACAACCAGCGAUUCUAUCAGAUGGCAGGCCAGGACUUUGGAUGGCAGUGACCCCCGCAGACUGUGUGGACCCUGCUGUUAGCAAUCAGGGGUGAUUACAACAGUUAGCUUUACACUGCUUUGGAUGGAAGCCUCUGCAAAUUUGCCAUCUGACUGUGGCCCAGAGGUAGAGACUCACACAAUACAAAAGAUCCACAGAACCGUGCACCAAUUAUGUGCUUCUGACCAGCAGGGGCAUCUCAGAGACUUGGAAAUGAAAACCCAGUGUCAAUACAUUUACCUCCGUCAAUCAAUCAGUUAUCUUGCUCAACUGUGUCCAAGUCAGCAGUGUCGUUUUAUGUAUCACUUAGAUGUUCAGUGAAAAGGUGCUUGCACUAAAACUGUUUGUAAUGCAAACUGUAAUUCCAUGUAAUAGGGGUGUCACCUCCCAUCGUUGUGGCUUCUUAUUCCCACCCCAGUUUGUUAAAAAGCCUUUGUGUGCCGCCAGUGCAAAGUUCAGGCUGUGGUUACUAUUAGGGUACUGUGAAUAUUUCAAGGAAGAAUGCCUGUAUGAAGUUGAAUGGUAAGAUACACAAUGUAGCUUUUAGCUUCUCCGGUCUGCAGUUUAAUCCUGAAGCUCUAGUCGGUAGGUUCUGCCAAGUAGUGAAAAAAAAAAAAAAAAUGAACAUAAAACAGUUGCCUCAUGCAUUUUUACAUUCCUGAAUUUCCAUAACUUUCUUCUUCCACCUGUUAGUCGUUCAGUCUCACUGGUUAAGAAUUCAAGAAUCCUAUAGGCAAUCAAUGCAUACAUAUUAAGUAUCAUCCUCCAAGCAUUAUUCCCGAAAAAGGGGGAUGAAUCUUUUAUGUGGGGAGCAGCGGAGGGCUGAGCGAGAGAGUAGCAAAUCUUUAUAUGAGCUCAGAUUUGACUGAGUGGUUUUGUAUCCUUGAAUAAUGAAUGUGGAUAAGUGGAUGUAGGGGAACUGGUGUGGAUCACUUGCUUCUCAGUGCUCUUUCCUCUUGGCACUAUUCUGUGGUAGGCUUAGGUUAGCAUACAAUAGCAAACCACCCUACCUUGAGUAAAGGGACCAUUGGAGAACAACCAAAACCAGACCAGGUCAAAUCAAUGUGUGUAGGUCAAACUAUCAAUGACCAUUUCUUUUGACAUGAUGUAUGAAGCUUUCGGGCUCCGUUAUUGUGAGAGAGCCUGCUUACAGGGAUGUCUGUUUUCAGUUUGCAUGUAUUUGCACUAGUUUGAAAGCAUUAAAAAAACAUUAAAACUAUUUUGAAGCAAA